UUCAUUCCAUUCUCAAACCAUCCUGAAAAUGCAAAGUGCAAUCUCCCUCUCUCUUUCUCUCACUACAUGAAAGCCUCCUAGGCCUCUUCAUCACCCUACAAGCUAAACUCCAAUUUGCUUUGCCCUAACAAAACAAACAAACCCUUCUCUCAUUUCCAUUAUUGCAUUCAAUUGAAGUUAUAUAAAACUACUACUAUUUCAGCCUUUUUCAAGAAACAUGUUUACACAUGUGUAGAAAGAGAAAGGCAGGGAAGAAAGAGAAAAAGAAAAAAAAAACAGCACAUAGGAGAUAUUGGAAGUCAGCCCACAUCACUUUAGAAGGUACAAUCAUUGUUGUUAGGCCUCUAAUUUGUUUGUCCUUUUGGUCUCCAAACAAGUGACACACGCACAAAAAAGGAGUAGAGCAAGUGAGAGAGUGUGUUGAAUCAUGGAAGUUCCAAGUGAAGAAGGGGAAGAGAUGCCUCUCCCACUCAACAGCACAUAUGGUGGCCAGAUGAUCCAUCACCAUCACCACCUUCCUUCCCACAACCACAUUAUCAUCCCUUCCUCCGCAGCCGGAGCCGGUCCCCCCCUCUCCGACGACCUCCCCUUCAAGAAGCCCAUCAGAUAUCGCGAGUGUCUGAAGAACCACGCGGCCUCCAUGGGCGGCAACGCGACAGACGGAUGCGGUGAGUUCAUGCCGAGCGGCGACGACGGCUCACUGGAGGCCCUCACCUGCUCCGCCUGCGGCUGCCACCGCAACUUCCACCGCAAGGAAUCCGAAGGCGACUCGUGCGACUCGUGCUACCCGAGAAUCGGGCGGAAGCUCUUCGUUGCCGACCACCACAAGGGCUACAUCGGGUACCACCACCACCACCACGCAGCCGCCGCCGCUGCCAGGCCGCACCAGAUGAUAAUGUCGUACAACAUGGCAUCAGAGUCGGACGAGCAGGAGGGGAUGAUGAUGGGGAGAGCGCCGCAGAUGGUGAAGAAGAGGUUCAGGACGAAAUUCAGCCAGGAGCAGAAGGAGAAGAUGCUGAAUUUCGCAGAGAAAGUUGGGUGGAAGAUACAGAAGCAAGAGGAGGGAGUGGUGCAGCAGUUUUGCCAAGAGGUUGGUGUGAAGAGGAGGGUUUUGAAGGUGUGGAUGCAUAACAACAAGCACACUCUUGCAAAGAAGGCUCUGCAACAAUCUGACAAUCAAGAUCAUCAAAGUUUAGGGACUAAUUAAUUGCUUACUUAAUUGAUUCACACUCAGAGAGAUACUGUUUUUAAUUCCUUGCAGAAAGUUAUUACUCCACCUUUUGGCUUUUAUUUAUUUCAUCAGUUUUCUUGUUUUGGUAUUUGGGAAUAUAUUGGGAUCUGUUAGAUUUCUACUUUUAUGCGUUUUAGGACUAGCUUUUCACAAUAAUGGCCAUCUAAUGUAGUUCAAUUUUCUUAA